GAGAAGGCGCCCGCUUCCGGUCUGGCGUGGGGGGGCUCUUCCGGGUUCUGCCUGAAGGAUGGCGGACAUGGAGGAGCUUUUCGGCAGCGAUGCCGACACCGAGCCAGAACAGAAAGAUUCUGAUUCCGGCUCCGAGUCGGAUUCUGAUCAGGAGAAUGCUGGUUACGUUAGUAAUAUUUCUGCUAGUGAGAGCGAAAGAGAAGACGAUCGGGAGGCUUUGAAACCCAGUAAUAAAGAAUUAUUUGGUGAAGACAGUGAAGAUGAUGGUGCUUCUCAUCAUAGUGGUAGUGACAACCGAUCAGAAAAAUCCUACAAUCACUCUGAAGGCUCAGGACACUCUGAAGCUGAGGAUCAUGAACAGUCAGAUGUUGACCAGCACAGUGGUUCAGAAGCUGGUCAUGAUGAUGAAGAAGAUGAGGACCACAGGUCGGAGGAUGGCAGCCAUCACUCGGAGGUAGAAGGAUCUGAGAAAGCCCACUCGGAAGAUGAGAAAUGGGGAAGGGAAGACAAAAGCGAUCAAUCAGACGACGAUGAAAAGCUCCAGAACUCGGAAGACGAAGAGCGGCUGCAACAUUCAGAUGAUGAAGAGAAGAACUCUGAUGAUGAGGAGAGAGCUCCCAUUUCAGACAGUAAAGAGAGGCUGCAAAAUUCUGACGAGGAGAAAAUGCACAUUUCAGAUGAGGAGGAGAGGCCACAGGUCUCUGACGAGGAAAAGCUACAGAAUUCAGAUGAAGAUGAAAGACCCCGGAAUUCGGAUGAAGAGAACGCUCAAAAUUCAGAUGAUGAUGAUGAUGACGAUGAAAGGCCACAGCAUUCUGAUGAGGAAAAGAUGCAGAACUCAGAGGAUGAGAGACCCCAGCAUUCUGAAGAUGAGCACAGGCUUUCAGAGGAUGAGGAGGAACAUGAACAUAAAUCUGAGUCUGCAAGAGGCAGUGACAGUGACGAUGAGGUUCCACAGAUGAAGCGCAAGAAACAAAUAGCAUCAGAUUCUGAAAUGGAGAGUGAUGCAGAAGGACAAAAAGAUAACAGGGAUGCCAUGGAUCUUUUUGGAGGGGCAGAUGACAUAUCUUCAGGGAGUGAUGGGGAAGACAAGCCUCCAACUCCUGGGCAGCCUAUUGAUGAAAAUGGACUGAAUGAGGAUCAGCAGGAGGAGGAACCUAUUCCAGAAACACGAAUAGAAGUAGAAAUUCCAAAAGUAAAUACAGAUUUGGGAAAUGAUUUGUACUUUGUGAAGCUUCCCAAUUUCCUCAGUGUGGAACCCAGACCUUUUGAUCCUCAGUAUUAUGAAGAUGAAUUUGAAGAUGAAGAGAUGCUUGAUGAAGAAGGCAGAACAAGGUUAAAACUGAAGGUAGAGAACACGAUACGCUGGAGAACUCGCAGAGAUGAUGAAGGGAACGAGGUUCGUGAAAGCAAUGCACGGAUAGUCAAGUGGUCUGAUGGGAGCAUGUCACUGCAUUUGGGGAAUGAAGUGUUUGAUGUGUACAAAGCACCAUUGCAAGGGGACCACAACCAUCUCUUCAUCAGACAGGGAACAGGUCUGCAGGGGCAAGCAGUGUUCAAAACUAAACUCACCUUUAGGCCUCACUCAACAGACAGCGCCACACACAGGAAAAUGACUCUCUCCCUUGCAGACAGAUGUUCAAAGACACAAAAAAUUCGUAUUUUGCCAAUGGCUGGCCGUGACCCAGAGUCCCAACGUACAGAAAUGAUUAAGAAAGAGGAGGAGAGGCUGCGAGCAUCUAUUCGCAGAGAGUCCCAGCAGAGGCGAAUGCGGGAGAAGCAGCAUCAGCGGGGCCUGAGUGCCAGCUACUUGGAGCCAGAUCGCUAUGAUGAUGAGGAUGAAGGCGAGGAGGCCAUCAGCCUGGCAGCCAUCAAGAACCGAUACAAAGGUGGAAUCAGAGAGGAGCGUUCUCGAAUAUAUUCUUCAGACAGCGAUGAAGGCUCAGAUGAAGAUAAAACACAGAGAUUGCUUAAGGCAAAGAAACUCAACAGUGAUGAGGAGGGGGAACCUUCCGGGAAGAGGAAAGCAGAGGAUGAUGACAAGGCAAGCAAGAAGCAUAAGAAGUAUGUGAUCAGUGAUGAGGAAGAUGAAGAUGAAGAUGCAUAAUUCAUACUCUGCAUACGCUGAAACUUGAAAAUAGGAUUUUUUGAAAAUAUAUAUAUAGACUGUUUCUUCUGCAAACAAGAUGUAGGUAAAUCCCAGCAGGUUUAUUUUGUUUGGGGGAGAAGGUUGGACAAAAGAAACAAUAUCUGUAAUUUUAAAGUGAAUAAAACUCCUUGUUGGAUUUUUUAAAAUUUA